CUGAAUGAUGGAGGGCUUGGGAGGUAUGGAGCUCCCGAUUUGGUUAGGGGUACUAGGCCUGAACCCCAGCCACUUCAGAUUUUGGUCCAUGAAUCCUCAUAGCAAAGAUGGGCCUAUGAAUUUCAAUAUGAGCGCUGGCCAGAACCUCUGAUCGCUGCCAUUGGCUGUAAAUACCUGAAGACCUUAGUGCUUGGAACAAUAGCUGUUACCUUGGCAGCCAUGCCAACCAAUCAGUGCUCAGCUACAUAAUCACGUGGCCUAUUGUGGUGUGGAAUGGUUCUGUAAUCAUGGUCCUGCAGUGCCACAGCCUAAGGUUCUUGGACUUGGUGGAUCUCAAAGAGCACUCUCAACUCCUAUAACACACAGGCUCAUCCCAGAGUAACCCAGACAUCCAGCCUCUGUCACCCCACUCCUCACCAAAUGCCUCCCAAACUGCGUUGAAAACUUUCCUCUUUUCAUCUCUGACCUUAUGGAGCAGGAGAGAGAAAAAACAGCAGAUUCAUCAGUGUCCCUUCCUUUGAAAUGCUGCUGGCGUACUGCAGAUGGCAUCGUCUGCUGACUAUAAAAGUUAUUCAUCAGAAGUGCCAUAAACAAAGCUUGAUAAAAAGAUUGAGUCAGUUCCAGAUGCACUGAUGAAAUGUAGUGUUGCAAUUCAGCCCACCCAACUAUAUCUGCAGUGAUCAGGAGAAGGAACUUGAAUGACGAUUGUUAGACAAGGUUUGCUGACAUCUCCAGAUAAGCAAGCAGGGUAACGUCUUUCUUCCUACUCAAAUUCCCCUGAAGUUUCAACUGAAAGAUGAUAUUCUUCUGCACUUCCUGCAACAUAGUGUUGAGGAUGUGAACAGAUUGAAAGUUGACAAUUUGAGAAUGAAAUCAAUUCUUCAGCUGUAUAAAGCAGUCUGCAUGCUGUAGCUAAAGGAUGCAACAACCAGUUUGUGAUUAUUCUCUGGAACUGGAUGACGAAACUUACCCCAAAGCAGAAUGUCAUCUAAACAAGAAGGUUGACCCACAUGAAGAGAAUGUUGAUUUGUCAGGAAACAGUGACUCAGAAAGUGACGUCUUCCAGCUCUGCGAAACAAGGGCUAUCUCAAUUGGUAUGGACUGUAACAUGUCACCAGUUGGCUGCGUCCAGAGAAGAAGUUGCAGUGAGCCUCCAAUCCUGCUAAAGGUUCCAUCGAAGGAGCAAGAGGAAAGCUACAGUGCACCUUUCCAGUUUGACAGGCAUGCUCCAGGAAGAAUUUCCACCUCCCCAACGCUAAGGCGGUUAAGAAAUAGUGUGGCCUCUGUCUCGCAAGCUUCAGGACUUCAGGAGCACUUUGAUGGCACUAGGUUGGGAAGCCAGAGGGAACACGCUGGUUCACUGCGGCAUAUUUGUAAAAGUCCACCUCGGUGUACUAUGUACUGUUCCUCUUCCUCGUUUUCAUUACCCUCCUGCAUUCAUGAAAAAUUGCUGUCUUCCAAAGAAAACUCUGAAACUCCAUUAGCUGCUUUGGAGAUUUUUGACCUCAAAUCAAAGCUACCACAUCAAAAAGAUCAGCUCAGCAAUGGUAAUUCUGAGCCAGUGUUUCAAAAAUGUUGGAAGGUCAACACUGCUACCCUGCCUGGAAGAGAACAAGUUUCCCAGCUUAACACUACUCAGCAGGCAUGCGUUCAGAAAAAGGAACUACUUAUAUCAAGUUCAUGUAGAUCAGCAGAACGCAGACGUAGCUCUGUGGUGGUAAGCUUGCCCGGCCUUGAGGUGUUCCCUGGAGAUCUCCUAGUGUCAGACGAUGCAGCUGACUACCUGCAACGCUCACCAUUGCUGCUAAACGCAGGUCAAGUACAGGAGUCCAAAAAACCAAGGUGGCCGUUUGCCAGAAAAGGAGCUAGUAAAGACAAGCAAAAGCAAAUGUCUGAUCUGAAAAACUGUCUUUCAACCAUUAAGAUCACAGACUGCAGCGGAUAUGAGUUUCACAGUUUUAAGAAUAAAACUUGGCAUGAAAUGAUAACGACUCAACAGACUGAGGAGAAAGACACUGAUGAUCCAUUAGAAAUGAGGAAAAAAGAAGCUAUGUGGGAGCUUUUUACAAGUGAAUGCAGUUACUUUCUGGAUCGCUUAUUGGUUCUCAAGAUGAUAUUUGUGAAUACGCUGAAAUACCUGCAAAACAACGAGUUCCUCUUGGAUGUGGAUUUGUGGGGACUUUUUGCGAACUUGGAGGAGUUAAACCAGGUGAGUCUCAGUUUUGUGACAGAUUUUUUCAAAAUUUUAAAGGACCAUGUCACUGCAUCAGAAUCCUCCCUGGAUUUCAUCUCUGUACUGACAAAGUAUUUUCAAGGUAACCUCUGCCAGACACACCAGAUUUACUGUCUUCAGUACACCUCAGCCAUCUUUUACUUGGAGAACCUGAGGAAGAGAGAAGAUUUUGGAAUCUAUCUGAAAUGGUGUGAACAAAAUGAACAGUGCAAACGACUACAUCUGCCAGAACUGCUGGUGGCUCCAUUACACAGACUGACCCGAUAUCCCCUCCUCCUUAACAACAUCUGGAAGAGAAGCACUGAUGCAGCACAGAAAGCCACAAUCCUCUCUAUUAAGGAAAAGGUGGAAAAGUCCUUACGCGAUCUUGAAGGUAAAGUAAAAUGGCUGGACAAUUUUCAGAAAUUUAGGCAGCUGCAAGAGGUUAUAAUUUGGCCUCCACUUUGGGAUCGUGACAAAAGGUUCUUUCUCCCAGAGUGUCUAAAACAUAUUUUAAGAGAAAACAUGAGUGAAAACAUCUUGUCUUCCUCAAACAGACAGCUUCUUCGCGAAGGGAGGUUAACUGUUGCAGAAAGUACAAGGAUCCUUGAUGUCUACCUCUUUCUAUUCAAUGAUUUCCUGUUAAUUACCAAAACUAAACGUAACAAAAAGAAAUACGGGGGCUCAGACAGUGGUUUAAUACCUGUAUGUCCUUCCUUAUCUCCUGAGCUGCAGUCUUUGGUAAAAGAUGGUGGUUCUUGUACAGUCCUGGACCAGCCCAUUCCACUAGACAGACUGACACUCAAAAAUAUUGAUCCAUUCCAUGUGACAGUCCUUGGGCUGCGAAAUGCUUUUGUAAUACAACAUGAAAAUAGAUAUCAACAGUGUAUCGGAGUCUUCUUACUACAAGCACAAACAGAGACUGUCAAAAAAACAUGGAUGUCAGAGAUAGAAACUGCGGUCUCCAAUUAUGCCAACGGACAUGAAACUCAGAAAAGCUCCUUUUUCUGUUUGCCAUCUGAAUCCUCUGAAAUUUAAUUGUGUAAAUGCGAAAUUG